AUGCUGCCGAGCGCAUCCUUUAUUCGCUUCUGGUCAACGGACCUGACUCGAGAUGCGUUUCUGUCGCAUAUGUCCAAGGAGGACCUUGCCGGUAUGCGGCUGGUCUGUCAUGACUUCAGCGCCCAUGUUGAGCCAUUACUCUUCUCUGAGCUGAAAGUCACCUUUCGAAGCAGCACUUUUACCCGGCCUGCGCGCAUGGCAGCCCUUGAGCGCAUUGGCAGACAUGUUAAAUCGCUUUCUCUGACCAUAUCACACUCACCGUCUACUUUCCUGCCGCCGCUCCUUGACCCGACUACCGGCGAGGAGCAGACGUUUGUCUAUACGCCACGGGUCUAUCCGUCAUCGUCGCGACUCAGCGCACCCAAGUACGGAACAUGGGAAAUGACUGACCUGCUGACGAAACAGUAUCCUCCACUCUUCCAUGCGGCCACCAAUAUUGCCUCUUUUAUGCGUGCCUUUAAGGCCUUGCAUGCUCUCACCAAGCUUACUCUCUCAUGCCCCAACCAGUCUGCCCCCCACCGCUAUCGUCGUAGCGUGGUAGACUAUGCACUCAUCUCUGUACGAUGCGCGGUAGAGCAUUGCCCACUGCCAUCCUUGACCUCCUUGUCUCUGUCCCCCAUGCACCCAGGCGCGUUGCUCUACUUGCGUCCGACACCUUUGGGGAUAGGAGCAUCCCCUGCCUCCUGCAGGCGCUGGAGACGGAUCAUCAACCUGCAUAUCGAGAUGGAUGCUUUCCCAUAUGCCGAAGGCGAAGCAACAGACCACCUGAGGUUUCUAGAUUCGUACAUCCAGUGCUUUCCGCGUCUAAAGCAGCUCAAGUUCCGCUGGCUCGGUGCCAGAGGGCCGUCACCUUUCUCUCUAUCAACAGAGCCGUGCUUAAAAAAUAAAAAGGACCAAUUCUCGUCUGCCCGUCCCAGGCGCCCUAAGCCACUAACGUUUCCUUCCCUGCACACGCUGGAGAUUGAGAACGUUCACGUCGACGCAUCGCAGGUCUCGUCCUUCAUACGGGACCACCGCCAUGCUCUACGCGAGAUUAACUUUGACGCCACGACACUACGGUCGGGAACCUGGGACGAUGCUCUGGCGCCGCUCGCUCCAUCGUCAAAAGAAGCAAAACCAUCACCACUGGCGCAAAAGACGGUAGCAAGGGAGGUAGAAGUGAUGGAUGUGCCGCUCGUCCUCAGCGCAGUGGGCAUGGAGAUCAAGCAGCUGCAGAGACUGGUGCUUGAGGAAGCCGGGCGACGGAGAAGGGGCGCAAGGAGCAAAUCGAGCAUACGGCUGUGGGGUAGUAGGGGCAAGGCCGUAUCGACAGUGGGAGGGCCGACAGCCAAACCCAAGAUCGGGUAUGGCCAGGUUCAGCUGCAAAAGGUGACGGAGCGGACUCGUGAGCUGUUGUGGUGUGGACCAGAACAUAUGAGAACGCUGCUGAGGGCCUCUGUCCUGCGUGUCAGGGCGUUUUAA